CACUCCAUUGCAACCUUUGGAGAGUUCCUGUUUCCACCAGAGUCUCCUGAGGGAGCAUCAACUGUGGCUUUCUUAGCCAAGAAAUUCUGCCGAGAAUAUCCCAUCAAUCAGGCUGAUAAUGAGGCAGGAGUUCCUGGAGUCCUCAUAGGAAGAUAUCCUGGUGACCAGUAUGCAGGAGGAAACCCUUGGCAAUUGUUGACUGCAGUCACAGCUGAGUUCUUCUACCUAGGAGGUCAAGCAACUCUGAAGAAAAUCCAACAGAAGGGAAAUGACUAUGUUUUGGAUCCAGUAGAAAACAAGGAAUGGCUCAAAUUGCUUCAGAUAAACACCAAGAUUUCAGCAUUGGAUUUUGCCAAGGCACAAUCAGGAGCUGGUGAUGCAAUCAUGAACAGAAUGUGGGAAUAUGUGAAGAAUGAUGGCGGUCGCAUGGAUGAACAGAUUGACAAGAACACUGGUGCUCAAGCAUCUGCAGAAAGCCUCACCUGGUCCUAUGCCAACAUUCUUCAUGCUAUCCACACCAGGCGACAGUUUGUCAAACUCCUCAAU